AACUGCAAGCCAGUAGUUUAGGGAGAAGCGGAAUGGUCUGUCUUUUGUCAUAAUUUGUUUUUGUUUUAAAGUCGUAUAUGCUUUCUAUGGACUUGUACCGGAAUGCUAUUUUUCUGUUUGAUAGUCUUCUAAAAUUAAUUCUGGAAGAAGCUCUAUUAAUGAACAUAGAAAUGCCGGCUCUACGAGUAUUAAAUUGAAAUAAUUGAAAAAUAAAGGCUUCAGUUCUGUUUACAGGUAGCAGCAGAGAGCAAGAUAUGCUGACUUCUAUAGUACAUGCACGUCACAAAUUCAUAUGGAAUAAUAUUCUUCUUGUAGAACUAACAAAAGUGUCGGUUUAGAACUUCAUGAGGCAUGAUAUUCCAAACUAGGGGAUGAAGGAGAACUAUUUUUUUUAUUAAAAGGGAUCAUUUGAUGCCAUAGAAAUGACAACACAUAUCUUCAUAGACAAAGAGAAUGGAGAAACUGUCACCACUACUGCUACCAAAGAUCGACUAAAACAGCUAUUGGCACCUUCAAAAGUGUUUGUAGAAAAGUCUCAUCCUAAAACCCCUCUUGUUGGAAGGACAGCUAAUGUGAAUCUAACAGAAUCUCAAUCAGUCAGGAAGGCUCUGGGAAGUUUGAACAGACCUCUAACAACAACAAAGAGUCGGUUCCCUAAAGGAAAAAAGUUCUUGUCGAAAAAGGCGAAUGAAAAUACCAGCAGAACUGAAGACAACAGCAUGGUUCCUGAAGAAUGUCCAGAGAAGGAGAAUCUUUUUUCUUAUAAUCCUCUAGAUUUUGAGAGUUUUGAUGUUCCUGAAGAGCACCGGCUGAGCCAUAUGUCUUUGACUGGAGUUCCUCUUAUUACAUUUGAUAGUGCACCUGAUAGAUUUGCAAGCAGCAUCCCUCUGCCUGCAAAACAACCUUUAAUUUCAUGGGACUAUGAUUGUCUGCAGUCAACUAAGGAAUUUCUGGCCACUCUGGAUGAAAUAGUUAUUGAUCUUCCCCCUCCCUUGUAACAAGUAAACAAGCUAUAUUUUAAGUUGUAUUUUGAACAAUGUUGUAACUCGUUUUAAUGUUAUAAUAAAGAACUUGCAGUUGUAACCCUUA